AUGGCAGGAGUCAGCAGUGUGGGGAACAGUCCCGUGGCCCGGGAAUCCCGGGCAUCCCGGCGCAGAAAGAUCAUCUGGAAUGGUAUGCAGAAAGAGGCCCUCGUGAGAGCUUUCGCCAAGAGCCCUUACCCAAGCUUCAGGGCCAGGGAGCAACUGGCCAGGGAAAUCGGCUUGCCAGAGUCGCGGGUCCGGGUGUGGUUUCAGAACCGCCGAAGUCGCACAGGGCUGGUGAGGCAAGGCCCGAAGCCCUCGACAGCCCUUAGUGUCGCAGAGCCCCUGCAGCCUCACGAAGAGUCCGGUGCCAGGCUGCAAGGUAGAAGAAGCAACCCGUCGGGACGCAGAAGGCUUCGCACUCGACUCAGCUCCACACAGUUGAUCAUCUUAAGACAAGCUUUUGAGAGGCAGCCCUACCCGGGCUUUGCUGCCAGGGAGGAGCUCGCCCAAAGGACCGGUUUGCCUGAAGACACCAUCCACAUAUGGUUUCAGAACAGAAGAGCACGCCACCGAGCUGCUGGCAAGGCCAGAGUUCCAGGUCAAGACUCCCCUUCCUGCCCUGCUCGCAAUGCACCACUGCCUGCCAGGGAGACUCAGCUUACCCAGGACAGCUUGUUGCCACGGUCUGCUGCACGAGAUGUGGGCACACGGGAUUUGACUCUCACCUGCCCACCAACCUCCUCCGGAAUCUCCUGGACAGCAGCGCCACAGCCCUCCUCUCCAGCAGACCGGCCAGAGGCACGUGCAGUUGCAAGGCUCUCUCCUGAUCCCAUGCUGGCAGGAAAACAAACUGACCAAGAGGCGAGGGACACUCUGGAUCUCUAUGACCCGUGGGAGCAGAUUCAGCCAAGCCUCGAGGGCCCUCUUGACGAAGAAGAAUACCAGGCUCUCCUGGAUCAGCUCUGA